AUGGAAAUCUUAUUCCCUGGCCAACAAAUUAGUCAUUAUAGUAUUAAGGUGGAAUUAGAUAAUAGUUACUCUGUAUUAAACACAUUUAAAUAUUUUAAAGAAGGGCAAUUGACAGUGACUGGUACUUUCAAGAAUAAACGUACAAUUAUAAGUAGUGCAGAGGGGCAACCAUUGAUACAAACACCAAAACUUAAAAUUAAUUAUAUAAACAUGAAUUCAUAUGAUAGCAACAACGAAAUUGUUUCGAGUUAUGAAGAUCAGGGGAUAAUUAGGCUUUUCAAAUCAAAUGAUCAGAAUCACUACGAAAGUAAAAGGGGAGAAACAAUGAGGAAAAUUGUUACUGCUGACAAUACUAUGUGUUGUUUGUUUUACUACGAUUUGGAAUUGUCACAAGUUUUGAAAAAAAUCAAAGAAGAAUUUGCGCGAAAAAGCUCUGGUGGCGAUGAUUUCUUCUCCAAGUGUUCACAUCUGAGGGUAUUACAACAGAAUAGUUUGGAUGGGAUUGAUUGCUAUUAUCAUAUGAUGUUAAUUAACUUUCAUAGAUCCGAAGACUGUGUUUUUUUCCAACAAAUGUUUAAUGGGUUUAAACUAAAUUCUACUUAUGUCAAAACGGGAGUAAUAAAUGAAAUAAUAUUCAGUACCACCUUAUUUAAGGAAAGACAACUUCCUGCAAAUAAUGAAAAAAGCAUACCCUAUUUAUUGAGUGAUCCGUUUAUCACAACAACAACAGCAACAACACAUAGCACUGUUAAUAAUGAUGAUACUAAUGAUACCAAAAAGUUUUUAGAGUUACCCAUAUGUCCAGUCUGCUUAGAACGAAUGGAUAGUGCCGUUACAGGGCUAAUAACAAUUCAAUGCCAACACACCUUUCACUGUAAUUGUUUAGAUAGAUGUACCAAUUCCAAAUGCCCAGUUUGUCGUUAUAGUUUUAAUAAUAAUGAUUUAAGAGCUAAAUGUACAGAAUGUGAUUCUAAAACAAAUUUAUGGUGCUGUUUAAUAUGCGGCCACAUUGGCUGCAGUAGGUAUGUGGGCAAACAUGCGAUAGAUCAUUAUAAACUAACUGGUCAUUGCUUUUCGAUUGAUAUGAGAACUUCGCGUGUAUGGGAUUAUGCAGAUGAUAAGUACGUGCACCGAAUUGUACAAAACCAAGAGGAUGGAAAAUUGGUUGAAGUCAGUGCGAUUUCUGGUGCGGGUGUCAGUGGUGGUAAUAAUAAUAAUAAUGACGAUAGUAAUUGUAAUAUGGAUGACAACGGUAGUAAUAGUUGUGAUAUCACUAAUAACACACAUUAUGGCAAGAACAAAAGUGGAUCAUCGAGCGGGGGAGACAUAACGAAAUCAAAUUCGGAUGAUUUAGAAUACAUUCAACUAUUAUUGUCGCAAUUAGAAUCGCAGGAAAUGUUUUAUUCUCGUAAAAUUUCAGAUAUGGAAAGGAAAAACGAAAUUGUUUCCAAAAAACUUGAGUCAGUGAUGAAACAAUCGGAAAAAAUAAAAGAGCUUACCGAACAAUAUGAAUUGGAGAAAGCUGCUAGUGAAAACAUCAAAUUGAAAAUGAAGAGUGUGACAGCAACCCUUAGAGAUUUGGAAUCCAGUAGUAAAAAAUCGCAGAUAGAAAAUGAAGAGUUGAAAAGGACUUUAGCUGAUUUAAUGUUUCAUUUAGAAGCCAAGUCUACGAUUGAGGGAGCCGAAAACAAUGAUGAGAUAAAAGAGGGGAGUAUCAUCAUUAAAGAGACACAACCAGUAUCUGAACUCUUUUGUAAAAACCAAAAGAAAAAGAAAAAGAAAAGGAAGAAAUGA